AAGAGCGCACGAGACAAGAGGCCGCGCGCGCGGAGAGCUUCCAGCGGUGUGACGCACGCGCGCAAUGGAAUAAAAGCGCUUUCUGAAGGAAGGAGCAGCGCGCGCACAGCUCGAGCUGAUUUAGUUUCUAGUUUUGUUGUUUGACUGCGGCUAAUUUAUUCUGAUUCAAUCAAAAAUAAUAAAAACUGUAAAAAAAAACAAUCAUGAAGUUUCUGAUCCUGCCGGUUUUAGUGGUUUUGAUCUCCGCAGCUCAAGUGUUUUGUGAAGAGACGGAACCAAAGGACGGAACCGAGUUCUGGACCAGCAGGAACCCGAUCCAGGAGGACUGGCUCUCCAGUGAUCCAUUCAGAAAAAUCCUGCUGAGGAUGACGAGGAAGCCGCCACCGCGUCAGUUCAUCGGUCUGAUGGGGAAGCGCUCCAUGGCAAAUGCACAGAUCUCCAGGAAAAGACACAAAGUGAACUCGUUUGUAGGACUGAUGGGGAAGAGGAGUCAAGAGGAGCCAGAGUCCUACGAGUGGAGCACAAUACAGACGUACGACAAGCGGCGCUGAGCAGCUGUUUGCUGGAGGAACCGCGCCAGCUUUGUUUUACUUUAACUGUAUUGUAUUGUUGUUAGUUGAAUAAAAUGAUUGUUUCCUUGUUUUUGUGAUGUA